CAACAACUCCGCUCCCGUAUCCAACUCUACCAUGUCCCUGGUCCAAUACUCAGAUUCAGAAUCUGACUCAGACACCCAACUACCACCCCCUCCACCAGCCAAGCGAAUUCGCCCAAAUGCUCAGCGCCCCAGUAAUCAAGGCUCAUCACUUCCCCCGUUACCAACAACCUUCUACGACCUCUACGCCACCAGCACUCGCGUCAGCAUCCAAGAUGACCCCAGCCUCCAUGGAGGACGGAAACGAGUGAUCCCGCACGUUGAAGGGAACUGGCCUACGCAUUUGUAUCUCGAGUGGUUCCCGAGCAAAAGUGAGCUCGGGGUAUUAGAAAAUCUCAUUCAAAAGUCUGAGAGUAAACUAGGAGAUAGACCCAGGGUCAUACAUAGUCUCCUGCGGAGUGACCUGGGUGCACAGCUUCCGCUGCACAUAAGUUUAUCCAGGCCGGUUGUUCUGCGGACUCAACAAAGACAAUCUUUUAUCGAUGCAUAUCAGAUUGCGGUUCGGGAUUCAAAUGUGCCACCGUUCGACAUCAUGCCAGGAAACCUGCAUUGGGUAUCUAACUACGAGAAAACGCGGUGGUUCCUUGUCCUACGUGCGCAGAAACCCGCGAACGAUGGAUUAAAUCGUUUGCUGAAGCUCUCCAAUCGCUCGCUUGCUUCGUUUAAUCAACCUCCUUUAUACGAAAAGGCAAACCAGAAUAGUUUCGGACAGCAGAAGCAAACGAACGAGGCAAAUGAGGACUACUCGCACUGCUUCCAUAUCUCUAUUGCUUGGAGUCUCACGGAACCUUCUACAAAUGACAACGAACGACUGGCGAGUAUUGAAUUGCAGGGGUUGGAAGGCCUCAGGGUGCGUUUUGAUUGUGUCAAGGCGAAGAUUGGGAAUAAUAUAUGUAGCAUACCACUGCCGAGUGGGAUUGUUGAGCAGAAGGGCAUUGGUGGAUUGUAAUUGCACCUUUACAUAUACUUACUAUGAUACCAUAAUUAGCAUC